AGUAGGAUCUUUGUUUUCACUUAGUGGUCCAAACUUGAUUUGCUGGUAAGAAGAUCACAAGGAUGGCUUGCCUUGAGAGGGCGUCGCCAGCACUGAAGGAGGUCCUGCUCAAACUGCACCGUGCUGAAAUACCAAGGGAGAUUGAUCACCACAUAUAUGAAUUUGGAUCCGUUAAAUAUCAUAUUCAGGCUUCUGCAUCCGAUCCUUAUCAUGUCUACUUGUCAGUAUCAACCCCAUUACUGUCCCAAGGAACCGUGGCAGUGGAUAGCCUUCCACAUUCUACCUUAGAGACUGUAAAGAGGUUUUACUCUGAUAUUGUGGAGGUUAUUGAACCACAAAGGGGAGGAUACCAACUUACUCUACGACUUAACUUUGACAAGCUUCCACAUGGCAAAGAGUGCAUCAAGGUGAUAUCAAAUAUUUCCUCUGUGCAAGCAUUGAUACUGAGCUCACAGCUGAAAGAAAUGCUGUGGAAUCUUGGUUCCCAGGAGAUAUCUCAGGGGACAUACAAACCCAUCAAACUUGUUUAUCACCCAAGAGAGCCUUUCUUUGUUAUAAGACUGCCACAGAAGAUCACUGCAGUUUUUCCCAUGCGUUUUAGAGACAGUACAGAUGUGAUUAUUGCGACAGCAUUUUUUCAGGAGCUUAUGGAUGCUGGAUGUUCAGAAGCAUGUGCUAAAGCACCCCCUUGUACCUGGUCACCUAUUCCUCCUCCAGAAUUGAGAGGUGAACCUUUUGAAGAUUUAAGUACCAAUGGAGGAUUUGUCUCUUUUGAUAUUUUUUCACAACAUGUAGAGGGUACAAAGCUUGACAAGACUGUAUGGAGUCUACUGAACUUCUCUGCCUAUGUGAAGUAUCAUGUGAAGUGUACGAGAGGUUUUAUACAAAGAAGGAUGAGGAAGCGCUUAGAAAACCUGUCAGAGGUGCUGCAGAUAUCAAGGACAGGAGAAAAUGAACUUAAUACAGAGGUCCAAGGCUAUAGGUGUAUGAGGAAACUGAUAGGCCUCUCAAAACCCAAAAAUUUCAGAAGAAAAUGUGGCACUUUCACCAAGAAGUUCAAGAGAAUUCAUUCCCCAAUUAAGAUUCAUGGAUUUGAUCGAUUCCGUCAAAGAUGGUUGAAAAUUCCAAAGUGCCAUUCCUUCAGGAGAAAUAAAUUAGAUUAAAUUGCACUUGUAUGGGCAUGCCUGAUAGCAGGUAUGCCUUCAAGUUCAUUUGUACCGUAUUGGAUUUGCGUUACGUCAUUAGAUUUCAUUAUCUUGAGCACAUAUGAAAUAAUAACUUUUAACAAAAAAAUACAACCUAACUUCUUGACAAUGUUGAUGGGAAUGCCUGAUAGCAGCUAUGCCUUGAA